GAAAACCUAUCGUCAGGAAUUGGGGGUCAUUCUUUUCUUUCCGAACAAACAUUAUCAGUCUCUGGUUGUGUCGUGUUGCCUUGGAUCAUAUACACUCUAUUCGAUCAUGUACGGCUGUACACUCCUUGCCCUAUGUAUUUAUAUGUAGUAUUUGCCAUUCGUGAUCAAUCGCAGCCAUCUAGAAAAAUAAAAAUUCCCUCGCGUGCGCUCCUCCAUCACAUCCUCUCGCGUCGCAUGAUCCGGCGGGAGCGCUCUCGGUGAUGCCGCCGGCGAUCGCUUUGGCGUCGGCGUCGGCGUCGAUGCGCGGCGGCGAAGGCGCGAAGGGUACG